AUGAAGAGUAUUUUGAAAGAGAAGAACAUCAAGUUUGACACCCCCAAGGUGAAUUUUGAGGCUGCCUCCCAGAGCGCCUCUAUUGGAGCCGUGCGCUGGACCCUUCCGGAUCAGGACAUCCAGGCCCACAGUUCUGCGCCUGCCCCCGCGAAGAGCAGCUCUGCUACCAAGUCACAGGGACUGAGGGAUCUACGGAGCCUGCAAGAGUGUGUAAAGUUCAUUACCCAAUGGAAGGAGCAAGUGGACCAGGUGUGCAAGCACGGAAGUGGGGCAACGCAGAGCACCAGCAGGACCGCGCACAAGGACGCCACGACUGAUCACAGUUUAGAGGAGUGCAGACGGCUUAUUCUGGAGUGGGCAGAGGAGCUGAAGCGUGUGGACAUGGUGUUCUCUCUGAACCCCUAUAAUGACGAGGACGGUGAGCAGGAUCAUCAGGAGAAGGAGGAGGACUCUCAAGGAGUUGUGCAGCAAAGGAUCAUGGAAUGGGCCAAGGAGCUGCAGACAGUGUCAGAGAGCUACGGUGUCCCGAGGGAGGAGCUGGCGAAGAUGCUCCGUCACCUGGAGGUGAGGAAGAGGAAGCUGGUGAACUUAUUUCCCUUCCUGGAGUUCAUCACCUGGUGUCUCCUCAAGGAGGAUAGCAAGGCCUCCGUUCCCCAGAUUUGGCUUCUGGCAAAGCAGCGCACCUGGAAAGCAGGAACUCCAAAAUACAUUCCAAAUUCAGUGUGGAACUGGAUCCGUCGUGCAUCAGCUGAGGUAACCCUGGACCCCAUGACCAACCACCGUUGGCUGUUGUUGUCAGACGACCGCAAGAAAGUGCAGGAGGCCUUGUCGGAGACGGAGGUGCCCUUCAGCAAGCAGCGCUUUGACAGCUGGCCAUGUGUCCUGGGCUGGGAGGGUUUCUCCUGUGGCCGCCACUACUGGGAAGUGACUCUGGCCAACAAAGGCUACUGGCGGCUGGGCGUGACAACGGCUUCCUCAAAGCGGCACGGUCGCUUCCCGAUGACGCCAGCAGCCGGGUAUUGGACUCUAUGGCGCAGCACGCGCCAGUUCUACGCCUGCACCCAGCCAGAGACGGUGCUGCCUGUGGGCUUGGUGCCCCACAAGGUGGGCGUCUACCUAGACUACGAAGAAGGACAGAUCUCCUUCUACAACGUGGACACUAAGACUCACAUAUUCACCUUUUCCGAUACGUUCCGCGAGAGCCUCUACCCGCUGUUCGCCCCCCUGGAUGGGCGCACCCUCAUCACUGUGUCCUGCCCAAAGUCUGAUCCUCAGUUUUAG